CUGCCAGCAAGGUCGCCAUUCUCAUAUGCUUGGCAUUUUUGGUGUAUCUCCUUUCAUGUUUGUCUGAUGGCAACCAUAAUAAGUUCUCUGGUUGGAUCAUGUGUGAAGAAAUUGCAAGAUAUCAUUACAGAGAAGGCAAUUCUGAUUCUAGGGGUAAAAGAAGAACUCAGAGAACUUCAAGGAACAGUGAGCCAAAUACAGUGUUUUCUUCAAGAUGCCGAGCAAAGGAGGAUGGAAGAGUUAGCAGUUAACAACUGGCUUUGUGAGCUGCAGGAUGCAGUGUAUGAUGCUGAUGAUAUCAUUGACUCGGCUAGACUUGAAGGAAGCAAGCUACUGGAAGAUCACCCUUUAUCAUCAAGAAACUCAACUGGGUGUAGUGGUAUUUCAAUUUUAUCUUGCUUUCCUAGUAUGCAGAGGCGUCAUGAGAUUGCCAUUGAAAUUAAAAACCUCAAUACAAGGAUAGAGAAGAUCUCAAAGCUGGGAAAGAAGUUCCUAACACGAUCGGAGGCAGCACCUUCUCUUCAAGGUUCAAUGUUUAAGCCAAGAAAAAGUUCCCAGCUUGUUGAACCCAACCUUGUGGGGAAGGAGAUCAUGCAUUCUACCAGGAAACUAGUGGACUUGAUACUCUCAUAUAAGGAAGAUAAAGCUUACAAGCUAGCUAUUGUUGGAACCGGAGGGGUUGGUAAGACAACACUAGUUCAGAAAGUAUACAAUGAUCACAGAAUAAAAGGAAACUUUGAGAAACACGCAUGGAUUUGUGUUUCACGGGAUUACAAUGAUGUUACUCUUCUAAAAGAGGUUCUUAGAAAUAUGGGACUUCAGCAAGGGCAAGGUGAAACCAUAGCAGAGCUCCAGAGCAAACUUGCAGAAAUAAUUAAGGGCAAAAGUUUCUUCCUUGUUCUAGAUGAUCUGUGGCAGUUCAAUGUAUGGACCGAUCUACUAAGAACUCCGUUACAUGCAGCAGCUGCUGGAAUAAUUUUGCUUACAACACGAGAUGAUACAAUUGCUAUGAAAAUCGGUGCAGAACAUACCCAUCGAGUUGAUCUGAUGCCAGUAGAGGUGGGAUGGGAGCUACUUUGGAAGAGCAUGAACAUCCGCGAAGAGAAUGAACUGCAAAGUCUGAGAAACAUAGGGAUUGAGAUUGUUCGUAAAUGUGGCUGCCUCCCACUUGCGAUCAAGGUGACUGCUAGUGUUUUGGCAAGCAGAGAUCAAACAGAGAAUGAGUGGAAAAAGAUUUUGAGCAAAAAUGCUUGGAACCAGAGCAAGCUGCCUACUGAAAUAGAAUGUGUUUUAUAUCUAAGCUACGCCGAGUUACCACAUCACCUGAAGCAGUGUUUCCUUUAUUGUGCUUUGUAUCCUGAAGGUCGUGCCAUUGACCGUGAUGAUCUUGUCAGAUUAUGGGUUGCUGAAGGCUUUGUAGAGGAGAAACAAGGUCAAUUAUUGGAAGACACAGCAGAAGAGUACUACUAUGAGUUAAUCAAUCGUAAUCUCCUACAACCUAAUGGUUCAUAUUUUGACCAUAGUGAAUGCAAAAUGCAUGAUCUCUUGAGGGAGCUUGCUUGUUACUUAUCAAAAGAAGAAUGUUUUGUUGGAGACCCUGAAUCAUUAAGGCCUGUAAGUAUUCGUAAACUGCGACGUAUUUCAGUCACAACCGAUAAGGAUAUGCUGCUACCUAGCAUGGAUAAAGAGCAACUUAAAAUCUGGACUUUUAAAAUGCUUUCUGGCGUCUCCUUGGUGGUUGAUCAUUCAUUUAUCAAGAAAUUUCAAAAUCUUCGUGUUUUUGAUUUGGGAGGAUCACAUGUACGGAGUAUCCCAAGUUACAUUGGAAGUUUGAUACAUCUACGUUUACUUGAUCUUGAUAGUACCGACAUAUCGUGUCUUCCAGAGACCAUCGGCUCCCUAAAAAACCUGCAAAUACUGAACUUGCAAAGGUGUGCUUAUCUCCACAGUCUUCCUUUGGCAGUCACCCAGUUGCAUAAUUUAAGGCGCCUUGGUCUUCGUGAUACACCAAUAAAUCUGGUUCCAAAAGGGAUAUACAAGCUGAAAUUCCUCAAUGAUUUAGAAGGACUUCCUGCUGGUGGUGGAAGUGAAAACUCUAAAACACAAAAUGGAUGGAAGUUGGAAGAAUUGGCUCAUCUUUCGCAGCUAAGGCGGGUUUAUAUCACUAAAUUGGAAAGAGCGGCUCCAUGUAGCACGGAUGCGAUACUGGAACAGAAAAGGUAUCUCAAAGUUUUGAGCCUGCGAUGCACUCAGCUAUUAAAUGCAAAAUAUUCGGAAGAAGACGUUAGAAAUAUUGAGAAGACAUUUGACCAGCUAUCCCCUCCACAUAACGUGGAAGAUCUAUUUAUUGGGGGAUUCUUUGGUCGGAGAUAUCCCACCUGGCUUGAUGCUACUAUUUUGUCUUCCGUAAAACACCUGAAACUAGUAGAUUGCAGGUCAUGUUUGCGUCUUCCACCAAUUGGGGAGCUACCCAUGUUGAAAUAUCUGAGAAUUGUGGGAGCAUCCGCAAUUACAAAGAUUGGACCUGAAUUUGUUGGCUGCAAGGGGGGUAAUCUGGGACCCACGAAGGCAAUUGCUUUUCCCAAACUUGAAUGGUUAAUCAUCGAGGAUAUGCCCAAUUUGGAGGAGUGGUCCUUUGUAGAUGUUGAAGAAGAAACUGCAGCAGCUAAGGCUGCUGAGAUGCAAAGAUGUGAAGCCUCAUCUCUAUAUCUUCAACUGCUGCCUCGUUUGAAGGAGUUGUACCUUAUCAACUGCCCCAAGCUGAGAGCCCUCCCAAAACAGUUUGGACAGGAGACCACCAGCUUAAGGAAGCUCCAAUUAAGCAGAACUGGCAGCUUGAAGGUUGUGGAGAACCUCCAGGUCCUCUCUGAAACACUUGUAAUCGAGUCAUGUGAAAGCCUAGAGAAGGUAUCAAACCUUCCAAUGGUGAGGGAGUUGCUUGCAAAGGACUGUCAAAAUUUAAGGUGCGUUGAAGGAUUGGGCAGCUUGCAGCAGCUGUGCUUGACCAAGGAUAUGAAGGAGACCUCUUCUCUGUGGGUGCCAGGGCUUCAACAGCAGCGCCGACAACUUCAUGGGGAUGAUCUCGAUGUCUACACUGCCAUAGAGACGAAGAGGACACCCAAUUAGGUGGCAAAAGAGACACAUGGUAAUUACUUUGAAGGCUUAUAUAAGGACGCAUCCAUUAUCAUCCGUUCAAAUUGAUUGUCCUAUGGAGGCAAAGAAAAACCAUGAGAAAAAAGUCACCAGAAAAGAGAGUGUCGUUGUUUACUCCUACUAUUUGGUUAUGCCUGCAAAACAACUUCAUGGACUUGUGUGCUGUUUUCUAUG